ACCACUUUCUUCCCGCCCACCCCUCUAUCUCUCUCCUCUGUACGCAGUAGAGAUCAGAGAGAGAUGGCCACAUUUUUUGUGGGUUGUGGUAAUGUUGGCUAUGGCUUCACCAUUGGAGGCUGGUCGCAGCCUCGAAGCGGAAUGUCGAGAAAACUCCCACCGGGUGGUCGGACUCCCAGGGCAGCCGCCGGUAGAAUUCCCGCACUACGCCGGGUACGUGAGGGUGAGAAGAGAAGACGAGAAGGCCCUCUUCUACUGGUUCUUUGAGGCCGAGGAAGGAGCCGAGAAGAAGCCUCUCGUUCUAUGGCUCAAUGGAGGACCCGGUUGCUCGUCAGUGGCUUAUGGAGCUGCCCAAGAGCUAGGCCCCUUCUUGAUACGAAGCAACAGUCCCAACCUCACCCUCAAUGCCUACUCCUGGAACAAGGUUGCUAACGUUUUGUUCCUUGAGGCUCCUAUUGGAGUGGGCUUCUCCUACACUAAUAGAUCAUCCGAUCUCGGGGAGCUUGGUGAUCGAGUAACGGCAGAGGAUUCAUACUCUUUUCUCCUAAACUGGUUCCAAAUGUUUCCUGAUCUAAAGUCACACGAUUUCUAUAUUGCUGGAGAGAGCUAUGCUGGGCACUUCGUCCCACAGCUUGCAGAGCUCAUCUAUGAAGGAAACAAAAGAGCGAGCAAACAUUCCCAUAUAAAUUUCAAAGGUCUUAUGAUAGGGAAUGCAGUGCUGAAUGAUGAAACUGACCAACUGGGGAUGGUAGACUAUGCCUGGAGCCACGCUAUUAUAUCAGACGAGCUGCAUGCUGCUAUUCGAAGGGAGUGUGACCUCUUCAAGGAGGAAGAGGAAGGCGGGCAGCUUAGCAAUGCCUGCGCACCGGCUGUCGAUGCACUCUUCCAAUCCUACGCUGUUAUCGACAUCUACAACAUCUACACUCCAGUGUGCUUAUCUUCCCUCUCCAAACCUUCUCGCCUGACAAAACUUGUCGCCGCCCCUCAUCUCUUCUCCGUGCACGAGGCUUGGCAUGGGAUGAGGAGGCUGCCGGCAGGGUUUGAUCCAUGCACUGGUGAGUACAUAGAGAGAUACUUUAACCGGGAGGACGUCCAGAAGGCGCUCCAUGCCAAUAUCACCCAUCUCUCCUACCCAUACUCUGGUUGCAGCGGAGUCAUACCGAAGUGGAACGACUCACCACCUACCGUGCUCCCCAUCCUCAAGAAGUUCAUGAAUGCAGGCCUUCGAGUCUGGGUAUACAGCGGGGACACCGAUGGGAGGAUUCCAGUGAUGUCGACGAGGUACAGCAUCAAUGUGAUGGGGCUCCAUGCAAAGAAAGAGAAGGGGAAGACAUGGGGUGGAUGGCAGCCUUGGUACCACAAGGAGCAGGUUGCCGGGUGGAUGGUGGAGUAUGAAGAGGGGCUGACGCUGGUUACGGUAAGGGGGGCGGGGCAUGAGGUCCCCCUAUUCGCCCCAGACCGUUCCCUCACCCUCCUCUCCCAUUUCCUCAGGGGCCAACCCCUGCCUUCCUCCCGUAUUCCCUAGCUAUAGUUAGCAGAAGCACCGAGAAGCGUGUCUAUCUAACUCUAUUUCUCCUCAUCCUUAGGCCAUCUCUUCCUAUCAAGUCUUCUUAGAAUUCAAAUUUAUAUUUAAUAAAUGAUAUUCUUUCAAUAAAGAAGGGCAAGGCAGCAAAGUCCUUUUUA